AUGGCGGACGAAGAGAUGGAGCCGAGUCUCAAGCCGAUCGUCGACCAGAAAUCGCUGAAGUGGAUAUUUGUAGGAGGAAAAGGUGGUGUGGGAAAGACGACGACAUCAUGUUCGCUGGCAGUGCAGAUGGCAAAGGCAAGAAAGAGCGUUCUUUUGAUAUCGACAGACCCUGCACACAACUUGUCAGAUGCCUUUGGCGUCAAGUUUGGCAAGGAUGCGAGACCCGUCCCCGGUGUUGAGGGUCUCGCCGCCAUGGAAAUCGAUCCAAAUGGCAGUAUCCAAGAUUUGAUUGCGGCAGGUGGAGAUGAUGCGCAAGAUGCUAUGUCUGGCCUUGGAGGUGUGGGCAACAUGUUCCAAGACAUGGCUUUCAGCAUUCCCGGAGUAGACGAGGCCAUGUCGUUCGCGGAAGUUCUAAAGCAAGUCAAGGGCAUGGAAUACGAACUCAUCAUUUUCGACACUGCACCGACUGGUCACACCUUACGCUUCUUGCAGUUCCCGACUGUGCUAGAAAAGGCACUCGGGAAGCUCAGCCAGCUGAGUCAGCAAUUCGGUCCCAUGAUCAACAAUCUCAUCGGUGCACGAGGCGGCCUUCCGAACGGGCAAUCUUUUGACGAUGUUCUGCAGCGCAUGCGAGAUCUUCAAGACACCAUUGGCGACGUCAACAAGCAGUUCAAGAACGCCGACCUGACUACUUUUGUCCCGGUCUUGAUUCCGGAAUUCUUGUCCCUCUACGAAACCGAACGAAUGAUCCAAGAGCUUGGCUCGUACGAGAUCGACACGCAUGCCAUGGUUGUCAAUCAACUGUUAUUCCCAAAGAAGGACAACCCAUGCGAGCAGUGUAAUGCACGGAGAAAGAUGCAGAAGAAGUAUCUUGAGCAGAUUGACGACCUGUACGGCGAGGACUUCCAUGUGGUCAAGAUGCCUCUGCUAGUUGAAGAGGUUCGUGGAGUAGAAAGCAUCUCAAAGUAAGUAUUUGCGCAUGAUCCGCGUGUAAGCACGUUUGCUGACAACUGCCUAUAGAUUCAGCGAAAUGCUUGUUAAGCCUUUCAAGGCUCCCGAGUAG